AAAAAAACCCAACAACAAAAUCAUUCACAACGGCGACCAUAACGAACUCCGCCCUUGCAAUGAGCCAGCUGGGCACCGUCUACGCCACCAAGCGAAGGCGACGUAAUGGCAAAAGCCUAAAACCACCGCCCAAGGAUGGCGUCACAAAGAGCAAUCCAUCAAAACGGCAUCGCGAGCGUCUCAACGCGGAACUGGAUCUGCUUGCCUCGCUGUUGCCCUUCGAGCAGAAUAUAUUGAGCAAAUUGGAUCGACUGAGCAUAUUAAGGCUGUCCGUUAGUUAUUUAAGAACCAAAAGUUAUUUUCAAGUUGUUAUGCAUAAGGAUAAGGAAGAGAAUGGUGUCCUGCCCCAUAUACACGCACACGAUGGCUACAGAACCAGAGAAUUGGGAGCCUUCGAGCAUGGUCUGCUGGAUGGUGAUAUGUUCCUGCAGGCCCUAAAUGGAUUUCUAAUGAUACUGACAUGCGAAGGCGAGGUCUUCUUUGCCACGCACAGCAUUGAGAGCUAUUUGGGUUUUCAUCAGUCUGACAUUGUUCAUCAAUCUGUGUACGAAUUGGUCCAUUCGGAGGAUCGCGAGGAACUGCAACGCCAGCUGUUGUGGAAUAGUUUUCUGCCCGCGGACAUGAGCAGCAUGCAACUGAGCGAGACACUGGCUCCGGAUAAGGCUUUGUACUUGGAACGGAGUUUCACUGUUCGUUUUCGAUGUCUCCUGGAUAAUACGAGCGGUUUCCUGCGCCUGGACAUACGGGGACGCAUCAAGAUAUUGCAUGGCCAGAAUCGAAAGACAGAGGAACCACCUCUGGCCCUGUUUGCCUAUUGUACACCAUUUGGUCCACCCAGUUUACUGGAGAUACCGCACAAGGAGAACAUGUUCAAGUCGAAGCACAAAUUGGAUUUCUCUCUGGUCUCCAUGGAUCAGAGGGGCAAGCAUAUAUUGGGCUAUGCGGAUGCCGAACUGGUCAACAUGGGUGGCUAUGAUCUAGUGCACUAUGAUGAUCUAGCCUAUGUGGCCAGCGCCCAUCAAGAGCUUCUGAAAACAGGAGCCUCGGGCAUGAUUGCCUAUCGUUAUCAGAAGAAGGACGGUGAAUGGCAAUGGCUCCAGACCAGUUCCCGUUUGGUGUACAAGAAUUCUAAACCGGAUUUUGUCAUAUGCACGCAUCGCCAGUUAAUGGACGAAGAAGGUCACGAUCUUCUGGGGAAACGAACUAUGGACUUUAAGGUUAGCUACUUGGACACGGGACUGGCAUCGACAUAUUUCUCGGAGGCCGAUCAGUUGGUUGUGCCACCGAGUGCCUCACCUACUGCCCAUUCGCUGCCGCCGCCGGUGACGCCGACACGUCCCAAUCGACGCUACAAGACCCAGUUAAGAGAUUUUCUAUCCACUUGCCGCAGCAAGCGCAAGCUGCAACAACAGCAGCAGCAGCAACAACAACAACAACAGCUGCAGCAGCAGGCGGGUCAGCAAUCCUCACCACUGGCUGGUCAAUUGGUGGGUUCUCCUGCUCCUGCUGUGGUGGAGUAUCUGCCCGAUCCAGCUGUGGCAGUUGCCGCCGCCUAUUCCAAUUUAAACCCAAUGUAUACAACCUCGCCGUAUGCAAGUGCCGCUGAUAAUUUGUAUAUGGGCAGCUGCAGUUCGAUGCCAGCGAAUGCUUUCUAUCCAGUCAGCGAGAACCUAUUCCAUCAGUAUCGGCUGCAAGGAGCUGUCGGUGGCUAUUACACCGACUAUCCGCACUCAGGUCCACCCGCCUCGGCGUAUGUGGCGGCAAAUGGAUUCCUCUCCUAUGAUGGCUAUGCCAUUGCCUCCAAAGAUGAAACUGGCAAGUACUAUAGCGGCUAUAGCAGUGGCUAUGGUAGUCCCACUUCCACGCCCCAGCAAAUUGCCCUCAAGACGCCCAAGUCAUCGCCACAAGUGAUGGAGGUAAUAUCCUGCUCAUCGGAUGGACCCUCGCCGGUGGCCGGAUCCACACCCAAUGGCAAUGUUGGCAGCUCCCUGGCGGUCACACCGAAAGUGGAAACAGCGGCAGGCGGUGUGAAUCCAGUUACUAGCCAAGAUCCCUACGAGCGUCAAACGGUCCUUAUGUGGGGCACCACUCAUUCCAGUGGGGUGCCACUGAAUAGUCUGCAGGAUGGACGUCCUCCUGGCGGUGGUGGUGGCACUGUCGGUUCAUCGACAUCACCGCAACGCUCUACGCCGCUUUCCAAUGGCCUGGGCUAUGAGCAGCAGCAGGAACCCGCGGCUGCAGCCAAAUGGAAUGGUACCAAAGAUCUGUCAGGAAAAUCGGCUAGUGCCUCAACCCCGGAGAGCUAUCAGCUGCAACAUGAUGACUCUGGCCUCUACUCGGCUUCAUCGCACACGACAUCACCUCAGCAGCAGCAACAGCAACAGCCGUCUCGUGGAGUGGGUUCCAAUUCAAUGCCAACACACAGCAGCACCGGCACAGAACAGCAACCGCCAAGUUGUCACCAACAGCAACAACAACAGCAACAACAACAACAGCAGCAACAACACCACCAUCAUCAUGCCCACGCUCAUACGCAUCCGCAUGCACAUUCGCAUCAUCAUCAUCGUCCGCAUCACCAUCAUCCGCAUCCGCAUCCGCAUCCACAUGCGCAUUCGCAUUCACACGAGAUCAUUGCCCAACCGCAUCCGCAUCAACAGCAGCCACAGCCACAGUCACAGCCGCUGGCUGCAUACACGUUGCAGCAUCAUCAGCUGGUUGAAGUGGAAGACAGCCAGAGUCGAUCUCAACUUAGAUCCCCGGUCGCCUUGCCGGGUGUAGGCAGUAUACUCAACGGUGGCGGAACCGGAAGAGAGGUUGCUGCCUCUGCUUAUCAGCAACUGGUAAUAUGUGCCGCAGCCGAGGAGGGGAUAUCAGCCACAAGGAAGAUCUCCAAACAGCAUCAGCUCCAUCAGCCGCAGCCGCAGCCGCCGCCACAGCAGCAGCAGCAGCAUCAUUAUCAAGCAACCCAGCAUGGCCAACAUCUAAUAUAUCCGGCAAAUAUCACAGCUCAUACGGCCCUGGCAUACGCUCCCCCGCCGCCAAGUGCCGGGGCCGCCUAUGCUGAUGGCAGUCCGUUGCUUUCCUUCUCCGAGGUGACCAACACUUUGCUGAACCAGUGAAGAUGUGCAGCUGAUAGACAACCAGAAGCACACACACACCCAACAUAAACAACCAUGUUCAACAGUUUUGCCAAAAUGUGGACUAUGACUAUCGUAUCUUCCAUAAUAAUCACAGAUCAGACGAGGAAACAAGAAUAAAAUAAUGCAAAUAUUACCCAAUGUACACCCUAUACACACACACCUCCCCCCGUAUUGACCCACUUCUGAGUCUUACUCCCUCCUUAGUUGAUUUCGAUAACGCAAACCAGAAAAUGAGAAAGUGAACGAAUUCUAUUUAUUUUUACUGUGAUAAUUUUAACACUAGGUUUGCCCUGCAUCCAUUGAACGUAUGUAUCCAUAAUCAUAACCAUAACCGUAACCGUAACCGGAACUUCCGCUGACUACUUGACAGAAGCAUGAUGCACAAAGAACGAAUCACAUAAUAUUCAAAUUUAGAUUCAGUUGUAGUUAUAACCAAAGAUUCGCAUUAACAAUAUGUAAAGUUAUACAUAAAACUAUUUCUAUUUAAGUAUAAACCAUCCAUCGUAUUGGCUUCGGUUUAUAGCGCCAAAAUUUGUUUACAUUUCAUAUGACGAAGCAAA